CAGGACCUGGGGCUGGAGCUGGCGGAGCUGGUGCCGCGCCUGUUUCGGGUGGCGUCCAAAACACACGGGGACCUUCUGGAGGUAAAUCUGCAGAAUGGCAUUUUGUUUGUGAAUUCUCGGAUAGACCGCGAGGAGCUGUGCGGGAGGAGCGCGGAGUGCAGCAUCCACCUGGAGGUGAUCGUGGACAGGCCGCUGCAGGUUUUCCAUGUGGACGUGGAAGUGAAGGACAUUAACGACAACCCGCCAGUGUUCCCGGUAAAAGAGCAAAAGCUGUUUGUUUCAGAAUCCAGAAUGCCAGACUCUCGGUUUCCGCUAGAGAGCGCAUCUGAUGCAGAUGUUGGAGCUAACUCCGUGUUAACCUACAGGCUUAGCUCUCAUGAUUACUUCAUGCUAGAUGUGAAUUCAAAGAAUGAUGAGAAUAAACUGGUUGAGCUAGUAUUAAGAAAAUCAUUGGACAGAGAGGACGCUCCUGCACACAGCUUAUUCCUGACAGCCACAGAUGGCGGCAAACCUGAGCUUACAGGCAGUGUUCACCUGCUGGUCACAGUGCUGGAUGUGAAUGAUAAUGCUCCCACUUUCGAGCAGCCUGAAUACGAAGUAAGAAUAUUCGAAAACGCAGACAACGGAACAACAGUUAUCAGACUGAAUGCUUCUGAUCGGGAUGAAGGAGCGAAUGGGGCAAUUUCAUACUCUUUUAAUAGCCUUGUUGCAAAUAUGGUUAUUGACAACUUUAGCAUAGAUCGAAAUACAGGAGAAAUAGUGAUUCGGGGUAAUUUGGAUUUUGAACAAGUAAAUUUAUACAAAAUCCGCAUUGACGCAACGGACAAAGGUCAUCCUCCCAUGGCGGGUCAUUGCACUGUUUUAGUGAGAAUUUUGGAUAAAAAUGAUAACGUCCCUGAGAUAACAUUGACUUCCUUAUCCUUGCCUGUGCGUGAAGACGCUCAAUUCGGUACUGUCAUCGCCCUAAUUAGCGUGAACGACCUUGACUCAGGUGUCAACGGGCAGGUGACCUGCUCCCUGACGCCCCAUGUCCCCUUCAAGCUGGUGUCCACCUUCAAGAAUUACUAC